AGCUAGUACCACGUGGUGUGCAAACGCGUCCGUCUCUAAACUUUACUAAACGUUUAAACCUUCCGCCGCGCGGGGGGCGGGGAGAAAAUAGUUCCCGAGAUGCGGAAGGUUUCUUUCCUGCGUGGGCUGAGGAGACCCUCAAGCAGCUCCUUACGUUCUCUCGCCUGAGGCUGGAGCGCGGCUGCAACCCGAGACUGAAGAAGAAAGGAGCCGAAGAGUGUGUGGUGACGGCGGAGGGAUACGUCGUUCGCCGUUUUUGAGAACUGUGAGACUCCCAACAAACAAAAUUCCCUGGCUCCCGAUUCUUUAAUUCGAAGCUGUGGUUGGUGGAUCUCUGGGAUCUGGUCAACAACAAAAUAGUCCUGAAGAAUUGCUCCUUGGUGGAUUUACAUGGAGAGCUCCAGCUUUGCAAUGGUAUCUUGGUGCAGAAGUUGUGGUUUGGAGACAGAAUCUAUGUUCCCAACAAAGGAAUGAUUUGCAUCACCUAUAAAGCAAGGGCCAUAAGGACUUUUCCAAUGGAAACUCCGAGUAAUAGGAAGGUGCUUUCUGAAUGUUCUAAUAUGCAAACCAACCCACAUUUGGGGCUUGAAAACUGCAUUGACAGUACAAAGAAGGCAGACAGUUGCCUUGCAAGCUGUUCAUCAAAUGCUCUAACGGUAAACAUGUCUACCAUGUACAGCAAUGCAGGAAGCCAUCUGGUAGAGGAUCACCCCACCACCUUGGGGGAUACAGACUAUUUGACACCAAAUAAGAAUGGUUUUGAUUCAACUUAUGGAAUAUCAAGCAGCUAUGCUUCACCUCCUGUAGACUUUUCUGCUCUUACAGCAGCUGAUCUUGGAAUCACACCAGAGUCAUUUACGAAACAAUAUAAAGGGGUCUCAAAAAACCUGUUAAAAUUUAGACGGCGGUCUACAAUUGGAGUGCGGGGUUCUCCAGAAAAUGAUUCUCUUAUCCGAUACAUUGCUCACCAAAAGAGAAUAAAGAAACAAGAUACUCUGGCUAGUCCUCUUCAAUAUCGAAACACUUUGCUAAAGGACAAAAUAGCUGCCUUCCAGUUUUCCUUUAAGCCACUUGAGGAAACCAAGGAAAGUGCAAUCCAUAUAGCUGGCAGCUCUAUGAAAACUGACACAAGUCUGCAUGAGCAAUCUAAAGUGGGCCUAUCAGAAUGUAAGGAUUUUGAGGAAAAUCGACACUGGAAAUUUGUCUGUAGAGAAAGAACCCAAGCUGAUAUUCACGGCGACAGUAAUGCAUCUUCAUUACAGAAACAUCUCAUUAGCACUACUGCUGUUUCUAAGGUUAUUCCAGUCUUGCAGGCAGAUACUAGGGAAUCUGGAUGCAUCCAUUUGGAAGCAACUACAGAAAAGUCAAAGGCUGUGUGUGAUCCUCCAUUACUUAGACGAAGAGAAGCCAUGUUCAGUGCAACAGGUUCAAGAGAAAAAAGUUCUAUCAUAAGUCCUGACAAGCAGCCCUCGUCCCAGCCAAACUUUGAUUAUGUUGAUGAGCUUCCUCAACAAUCACCCAAUGUAUCCACUUCUGAAUAUGCUGUAAACUCUGAUCUGGAAGAAACAAAAAAUAGUUCUCCGGCAUUCCAGGCAAUUUCCACUAGAACCACCAGGUCAUCUGCUAAAAGGAAGUCUAUCAACAAAGCAGAAGAAAUGGCUCUUAACCCUACAAAAAAAACCGUCCCCAAAUCCAUCAAAUUCCAAAAGGCAGAAGCGGAAAUGAAAUCUGCUGUAAAGAGAACAGCUGUCAGAAGCAAGGUUUUUGGAAAGAGGAGGAAAAGGAAAAAGAAGCAAAAAGCAUUGUAUGGGCAGCGACAAACUGUUUCAAAGAAACCUCUCUUGAGCCCAAUUCAGGAGAUGACAGAAGAUUUAUCUUUUAUGUCAUCUUAUCAAAGCACACCAAAGUCAGAAGUUUCUAUCUUCGAUGAUUCCAGCUCUAGUGUCCUGAAUGCAGAAUCUAUGCAUGAAAACCAACCUAACAUACAACAUAGUAGUAAAAAGGACAGCAGCUGUCUGCAUUCCAGCCUGAAUCUUGUGACAGAAGAUGCUUUACCUGAUAAUGUAUCUGGCUCAUCCUUGCAGCUUCUAGACACGGCUACAAAUGAUAUGAAAGAUACUCUUCCUUGGAACCCACUUGAAAAGAGCUCUCCUGAGAAAUCAAAGAGCUGCUAUUUCCCAAGUGUUGAGGAUUUUGAGUCUAAAGCACCUGGAAACAAUCCCAGUGUUCCUAGAGAUAAUAUGAACCAACUGCCUCCUUGGACAGUAAAUGAUUCUGAACUCUUAGAUAAUUUACAGUGUUCUAUAGAGGAAUCUUUCAGGAGUGUAACCGGAAGUAAUAAAAAAAGGGUGAGACGUAGCAUGAGAUUGCUUAAUGAUGCGGGAAAUGAAGGGCUUGCCUGGAUUCAGAUGCCUGAUGAUAAUGUCCUAGGCCAAGAUAUCCUGGGUUCUGCUGGCAAAGCCCAGAAACGAAAGUCCACCUCCCGUUGUCCAGAAGUGGAGCCACUUCAUCCAAAGCAAGGGACUAAGGACCAAAUGCUCUUGCCAAUGAAGGAAGGGCAGAAGAAAAUCCGUGUUGCAAUGGGCCCUUCUGAAUCCAGGAGGAAGAGCAUCAGUGUGCUGAGUCUUGAAGAAAACAAAAAUGUCACCUUCCGCAACCAGAGAAACAGAAGAAGAAGCCUUGGCUACAAAAGUGAUCGCUGCUACCAAAAGGAUCUCAUAAAUCAGAAAAUUAUUUGAGAGUCAAACUAAAGUGCCUUUAGAAAGAGACCGUAUCCUGUGUAUAUCAGAAGAGGGCAGUAUGGCAUAACUUACAAAUGAGCAUAUUUUAUAAGGUUGCCUUUUGUUUUGUGAAAAGUACUGUAUAGCUCAAUCUUUAAGACACAUCAGAAACAUUAAAAAAAAUAAAAUGCUAGGGGCCUGGUCCAUUUUAAACAAGUCUUCACUUUAGUUCUUUUAAAAUUAAUGGAAAUUAGUUGUAACUAAUUUACUACAUUGUCUAAUGCAACCAAUUUGAAGUCUGUUCAAGCCCCUUUGGUUUCCAUGGGAAGAAAUAUAAGUACAUGGUUUAAUUCACUCUGUCACUAUUUCAUGUAGUUUUCCAUGGAACAGUGUCACAGUUCUUAUUCUUCCCAUGUGGUCUUGUACAGAUGCUUCUCAUUUUGCAUACAUGAACCUGGCAAAGUUAUUUCUGUGUGGAGGUAUUUUGCUGUAGAUUGUGAGUUGUUGAAAAAUAGAGUGAAAUGCUUCAAAAUAUUAAUAAUUCUUUAUUGUGCUGUUGGGUGUGUGUACUUAUGCAUAGGAGUGUCUCUUCUUGUAAUGUACAUUAUUAUUACAUUAAGAAUAUAAACCUAGAUAAGCUUAAAUUUUUGACUUUUAAAUGCUUAGUAGAAAUUGAUUAUUGUUCACAAACAUAAAGUAGAAAAAUAUCCACCUGAAAUAUUACUACUUUUGAAGUGUGCAGUUGGUAAUCUGCAACAAAUUUUUGUAGAAGUAAAGUUUUUAUUUUCAUAAUGUGUCAUUAAAAUACAUUGGAACCUCAA